GUGGAUGCAACUGCUCCAGCUCACAGAGACACUCGGGGUCGUGCGGUGUAUGGGACGCGAGUGCUCUCCCUCUCGCCAGCCAUUACAGAAGUUUUGGCGUUAGCUGCUAGCACCCCGCUAGCUGAGUAGCCUAGGGAAGUGCAGUAAGCAGCUAGUAUCGAGCAGCUCCCAGCAAAACCCACGAAUUGUUACAAUACUAAGAACAGACCCUCAAUAACUGUUGAAGGCCAGCACUGUAUGGGCAAAAGAUCACUAAAUCAUCUGCAUACAUCAAGUGGUUGAUUAUAGUCCCACUGACUACACAUCCUGUUCCACAAUCACUUAGGCGUUUUGACAAAUCGUCCAUGUAAACAUUGAAAAGAAAAUAGACAAGGAAGCCUUCUGUCUAACUUCAUUACAGACCUUAAAAGGGACGGACACACAAUUAUCCCAUUUAUCAUACAUAGACUGUUGAGUAUACGAAAUGGACAGAAUCCUAAUUAAGGACUUGGGAACACCACUGUAUUGUAACUUACAAAAUAACUUCUCGUGAUUUACAUGAUCAAAGGCUUUUGAAGCAUCAAUAAAACCCAUAAAAACAAUAGAAUUGUGCCUCUUAUACAAAUCCAAAAUCUCUUUCUGAGCAAAAAUACACAUAUCUGUACUAUGUUUUAAUUAAAAACCAAACUGAUUAUCAGUGGUCAAGAUAAAAUUUUCCAUUCUAUUUAAGAUAGUUCUUUCCAGAACCUUUGAUAGAAUACUAGCUAGAGCUAUAGGCCGAUAGUUAUCUUUACUACUUAUUUUGCCAGCUUUAUCUUUUAAAAUGGGCACUAAUAAUACAGAUAAAAUGGAGUCAGGUAAAAGGCCAUGAAUUAAAAACCCUGUAAAUGUCACGCCCGGCUCGUUACCUCGUGUGAAUUCCUGAUUGUACUCACCUGUUGCUUGUUGAAUUCAGCCUGUCUUGUGUAUUUAGUCCUCGUCCCAGUCAGUAUGCCCAAGAUCUGUCAUUGUAGUGUUGGUAAUUGUUCGUGGAUGUCUGCCCUUGUGCGCCAAAUAAACCCCGCUUACCCAUAUCACCGGCUCUGCUCGCCUGCUUCCCCGCUCGCCUGUCUACACGCAGCGCAACAGAAUGACAGAUCUCGCUCAAGAAAUACCGCGGCAGACAGAGGACCAGUGCCUUAGUCUGCUGCAAGAGGUGUUAUACUGGCUUCACCAGCCGGAGGUUCAGAAGGACCCCGGAACACUGGACCUAGCCUCCAGGAGAUGGCACCGCUCACGGACGCGCACGUCCUUGCGGAAGUGCGCGAAAACCUCCGGCAGCUGGUCGAGAGGGUAACCGAGAGGCGUCUCCAACCACUCGCUUACUCCAAGGCCACCCCGCCUCAACCGACCUGCCUAAGCCGGAAGAAAAAGAAAAAGACAAGAGAGCAAAGACAGGAGGAGGAACCGGCGAUCUUCCUGAGGGCAUGCUCUCUCUCCACCGCCGCUCUCUCCGCCGGAUUUCGGGAAGACGAGCUCCCGAUCCGGAUACCAGCGGGGCUCGCCCAGGACGUCACCGCCGCAUCGCUCCCCCCAGCGCCACCUGUCUUGCCCGUCCCACCUGACUCGCCGGUGCCCCCUGCUGGUCACGAGUUGGCGGUGUCUGCUGUCGCCACGCCCGAGGCACUGCGCCCGAGGUCCCCGCGCUGCCUGCUGCUUCGCCUGAGGCAUCUGUUACGGCCCCGCCUCCGCCUGCAGCUCCGCCCGAGGUCCCGGCACCGCCUCUGCCCGCGGCACCACCCGCUGCUGCUGCCGCUCUGCCCCGUGGCACUGCCCGCUGCAGCCGACGUCACGCCCGCGGCUCCGCCCACUGCAGCCGACGAAGAGUCAGCCCUGGACCAGCCUUUCCCUGCACUCUCUGUCCCCGAGGAGGAGCUCAAGUGGGACCCCUCGGGGAUCUACCUGCUGGACCCCAAGGACUCUGGGGAGGUGGGGGACAUUGAGUUCAAAUGGUCCAUGUUCCGCGCCUACAUUGUGGUGGUGGCUGACUGGAGCUCUGGCCAGGCAGCUGACAGUUACCGGCAAGCUAAGUGGAAUGCGGCUUUGGCGGUCGCCGAGGCAAAAACUUGGGCGUGGGAGGAGUUUGGCGAGGCCAUUGAAAACGACUUCUGGAUGGCUUAG